AUGAAUAUCGCUGUGCAGUUAAAGCCCUCCCUCCACGGGACCCAGCGCACCACCGCCAUAGUCGUUAGCGACGACGAACCCUUGACAUUUGACACCACUGGCCCUACCCUAACAUACACCUAUACCGAUCUAACUACUGCCGACCAUUUCCGCCUGCUUGAGCUCCUUCCCGGAAAGGGCUCGUCGGCCCUCCAAUGCAAUAUCCAGUCUUAUCGUCUCGAUGCAUUUACGCUGCCCCCAUACAGGGCGCUCUCCUACUCUGGCAUAGAGUCCCAGUACGAAAACUUGGUCGCAGCCGGCCAAAAAGUAUUGAUCGAUUCCCCACUGAGGCAGUUAUACGAAUUUCGGCAUCCUCUCUUUUGCGAAGGUCGGAAACUUCUGAUCACAACCAGCCUCCGGGAUGCCCUUCGACGAAUCCGCCAUGCAAGACUGCCGGUAAAGCUUUGGGUUGACGCAAUUUGUAUCAACCAGGAAAAUCUCAUCGAGCGUUCGUCUCAUGCGAGGAUGGUCCCCCGCAUUUACCGCCGUGCUACAAACGUUAUAGCUUGGCUGGGUGAGGCCGAUGAAGACAGUGACAAAGCCAUCACGGCCGUUCAGAGAAUGGUAGAAGAAACCAAGCAUGACAGACCUUCGUUCAACGUACUAUCGUCUGAGGACAUCAAAUCCUUCGUACGCUUUCUUAAGCGCCCAAUUUUCCGUCGCCUCUGGUGCGUGGUAGAAACAGUUGUCGCCAAAGAUGCAAGAAUCCUGUGCGGAUCGCUUCCCUCUCCCAACAUCCUAACUGGACCGUGCGUCUCCUAUGAAAGGCUAGGCUGGGCGUGUGGAGUCAUGAGAAGCCUUGUAUCCGAGCAUGUCGAGUUCUUCGAAGAGGCAAAGCGGUUGCUAUCAUUCUGCAACCUCGCUAUUCAGGCUCGCAUUGGACUCAGUACUGGGAAAGUCAAUCCGUAUCAACUGGCAUACGAUCUCCGCGAAUAUGAGUCUACCGAUCCCUUAGACAAAGUAUUCGCCUUCUAUGCACUCCCUAAUACUGAUUGUCCCGUAUCGUUAGGGGAGGUCCCCAUCGCUACUACUGAAGACGAGCUUGCUAGGUUGAGUACCUCCGAGCCUCUUCUUAUGCGCAAGUUGACCAUCAACUGGGCUCAAACAAAAUGGGAGCAACAUGCAGGGUUGGAACCCUUAUGUUCCGCGAACACACGGAUAGAUGCUUUGGUGGAACACGUCAAUCACUACUACAGGACCGUCAUUACCUUGUUAGAGUGUUUACUCGAAAGCUGCAGUGGCAGCUCUCGGAAAGAGAGAUCGGUCUGGUUCUCCAGGUUGUGGGAAGCAGUCGAUUUUCAACAAAUAGCGAUUCGGCGCUUUUUGGACAAGAACGCAGAUGGGAUCACCUCUUCGGACGAAUUGGUCAUGUUUCGUCGUAUCUCGACGGAUCUAGAAACCAGUCUAUGGCUUUGUGAAGACAUUUAUACUUCACAAGUCGACGGCAAAUGUGGCCCAGAAGAUGCGCCCUACCUUAGCAACAGGAUUGAGGCCUUUAAAAGGAUGCAGAACUGUUUAAGCACUGGCGGUGACUCGUCGUCUAUCGGAAGCAGCGACUACGAUUCUGACGUGCAUUUUGACCAGAGGCUGCAUAGCCCUGAGCCAAGUAGUGAGAUUUCGUCGUUUAGUAAAGUAGAGGCUACACAACACACUGAAAAUGAAGCUCCUGCUGAAGAUAGUAUUUCCGAGACGGUCGGUGUGAAUGAUGUGAGUGGAAGCUUAAUCGCAGUCAGCAGCGCUUUAAGGGGACUGAUUAGCGUCAACAGCAGGUUUCGACGAGCCAAGAAGAAACCGGGGACGACAGAGGCGAGAGCGGACCACGAAAUAUUGAAAACGACUUACGUCUUCAGCAAGAUGAAGGCCACGUGCCCGCCGAAAUAUUCCUUGCCGUCUCUAUGA